GACCACCCCGACCAUGUUAGAGCAUGAGAGGGCCCGGCGAGGGGACAAGGUCAGGGAGAUGCAGCACAACAUAGCCUUUUGCUGCUGCUGACAACACGUACUCGGGUGGCCUCUCACUACCAAAUAUUGCCAAGCCACACUUAGGGUAUAGCCUCACGAAGCCCUCUCAUGAUCACCUCAAAAGGACAGUCUUUCUCCCACCGAAAACACAAACCAUCGUCGAGAAAGACCCACCAGCGCUAUACAACGAUAGAUUUGGCAACAGGGUGAGGGAUUCUAACCCCCAAGAAGGUCUCCAUAUAAAGUGGCCACCAUAUUCCGUUAAUCAGGCAAUUAACUUUCUGACUCACAGACUGUCUCGGAAAAGUGAGCUGGUCAGUUUUGUGGGCUCGAGACCACCAUAUAAUCCAUGGAUUGUACGUGCCUAUCAUUACAAUCUAGGUUCCAGUUUCUUUCUCUAACUCUUUACUAUAGCUAUCAUCAACUCCAAGGUCGAGUCUAAGAAUCCUGACCCCCAAAUGGAUAUCACCCAGAACUCUACACCCGAUCUUACCUGUCCGUCGUCUCCAGGCGUGAGCCUAGCCAAUCAGUUUUGACCACUCUGCAGGGAAGCACCACUUCUCCAUACGUCCCUAUCUCGCCUAUGGAGGCCAAGCACUACUAUCACGGGCUGUGCUCAAGACCAAUCCUAGUAGCUCGUUCUGGCACCGAUACUUGGAACCCCCCUGCGGGCCCUGUGGCGGACCUCCCAUGCAAGGAGCUUAGGCCCAUCAGCAGUCACCCUAUCAGGGCCGUCUAG